CAGCAUAUGUUUGGGCAAACGGGAUCUUACAGAUAUGAGAUAGUACUGAACAAGGAUAUAACGAUUAUACAUCACGUGCAUCAUGCGCUUUACGUCACAUAGCCACGUAUGACGAGUUUUCAUUAAAAUCAGAGACAACGAGACGUUAUUUUGUGAUAUUGAUAUGUGUGCAUAUUUGUAUCGUCCAAAUACCAAUUCAUUAAGCUAUGAGUGUAUGUGAGGAACAUCUCAACAUUACAAUAGAUGAGAAUGAAAUUAUUGUUGGUGCUAAAGAUAUUAUAAAGAGGAUUAGACCAUCCUGGCCCUUGCAACAAUUGAAUUUUAAGGUAUUUACUGAUGGAAGAACAAAUAAGUUGAUAGGAGUAUGGUACACGGGACAUUAUACAGAUAUGAUCCUGGUUAGAAUUUAUGGUAAUAAUUCGGAUUUACUGAUCGACCGAAAAAGUGAAAUAAAAAAUAUCCGGAUAUUGAAUAAGGCUGGCUAUACUCAUUGCAUUUAUGCUACAUUUAACAAUGGAUUUGCUUAUCAAUUCCUGGAAGGUGAAACUCUGACUACUGAAACAGUCAGAAAUCCAAAAGUAUACCCAUUAAUUGCGAAACGUAUGGCUGAAAUGCAUAAUCUUGAGUCUGAAAAUGAAUCUAUAUCAAAAGAUGCUUUUAUCUGGGAAAAAGUAAAGAAAUUUAUGCAAAUUAUACCUAAAAGAUUUUCGGAUUCUCUUAAGCAAGCAAAGUUUGAAAUGUUGAUACCAUCCUAUGCAAUAUUGGAGGAAGAAUAUCAGCUAUUGAAAAGUACACUUUCCAAAGUGAAUAGUCCUGUAGUAUUCGCUCAUAAUGAUCUUCUACUAGGAAAUAUAUUGUACAAUCAAAAACAGGAGAGUGUUGUUUUUAUCGAUUAUGAAUACACUGCGUUCAACUAUCAGGCGUUUGAUAUAGUUAAUCAUUUUACAGAAUUUGCCGGUUUUGACGAGCCGGAUUAUUCUUUAUAUCCGGAUGAAAUUUUUCAAAAAAUGUGGUUGAAAAAAUAUUUGCAAAUAUACAACGCGACAACUAAUGUGUCCGAAAAAGACGUUGACAAAUUAUACUGGCAAGUUACUAAAUUUACUCCUUUGCCGCAUUUUUUUUGGGGCUGUUGGGCUCUCAUCCAGAGCGAGCAUUCGCAUAUUGAUUUUGAUUUUUUAGAAUAUGCUGCAAUACGUUUCAACGAAUAUUUUAAAUGGAAGGAAGAAAUUUUUAAGAUGAAAACGGAAUUUGAUGAAUGAAACAGUGGCUGGAUAUAAAAUUUGUAAUAUGGCAUUUUUUGAUGUAUUUGUUCCAAUUGAAGUAUUUUGUCUCGAAUGUAUAUCCCAGCAAUUGUACAUGGAGGAAGACUAUCAUAUCUCAUAUUUUUCAUUAUCAUUGAGUACAAGGUACAAUUACCAGCUAUGAAGAUAGCCAGUCUUGGAUAAGUUACGUUGAGUGUUAAAUUUUAACUUAUUGAUCUUGUCGUCAAUCGUAUUAUCCCCCUCCCUCUCCCCAGCGAUCAGUAUAAUUGAUCAAUUUUUUUUUACAUGGUGUCUAGGAAGAUCUGUAUAUCGUGUUGUGAAUUAUGAUACCAUAUAUUCAAUGAAUCAUAUACAAUCGUUAAUCAAUUCUAGGCUGCGUUCUGUUAUUACGAGUACCGAAACUCUCUAGUUCGUGACUACAGAUUUUCAGUAUUCGCAUUCGCAAUGGAUAGCAGCACGCAGCUUAUAUGUAUAAUAUACUGAAAUUUGUGAAUCAAUCGCUUUGGGAUCAAUUGUAUUUCUUGUAACGAGG